AUGAGAGGACUUGCUGGAAGUGAUUAUGUUUCUAAAUGUGCUACAUAUACUCUUUUAGGAGGGUAUAAUAUAUGCGGAAAAGAUUGUGUUAUAAAUUAAAGUCCUAACAAUGAAUCUUUAGGUAUAAACGAAUUUGUAAUUUAUGCUAAUGAAUGUAUGGCUGGAUGUUUAGAAUGCACUGACGCUGUUUCUUGUAGUAAAUGUCCAGUAGGCUAGUAUUUAGAAACAGAUAAUACAACUAGAACUUGCAAUGAUUGUAAUUUUAAAUGUAAAACUUGUUCUAAUGCAAUCAAUUGUAACACUUGUUAUGCAAAUAGAGUUCUUGCAAAUGGUUGCGGAUGUCCUGUUAAUAAUUAUGAUAACUUGAAAUACUAAGAAGCUUGUUUUCCAUGUUCUAAUAUAUCUGCUGGAUGUUCUACAUGUGAUAAUGUUACGUGCUAAGCAUGUCUAGCGCCGAAUUUUUUAGAUGGUAAUUUAUGUGUAAUAGACUGUCCUGCAGAUAAAUGGGGAAAUACAGCAACUAGAUAAUGCACAGCUUGCUAAGCUAAAUGUUUAACUUGUUCUAAUGGCAAUAAUUGUGACACUUGCUUUUCAAAUAGAGUUGUACCUAAUUGCGGAUGUCCUGUUAAUAAUUAUGAUAACUUGAAAUACUAAGAAGCUUGUUUUCCAUGUUCUAAUAUAUCUGUUGGAUGUUCUAUUUGUGAUAAUAAAACGUGUUAAUCAUGUCUAUCGACGCAUUUUUUAGAUGGAAAUUAAUGUGUAAUAAACUGCCCUGCAGAUAAAUGGGGAAAUACAGCAACUAGAUAAUGCACAGUUUGCUAAGCUAAAUGUUUAACUUGUUCUAAUGGCAAUACUUGUGACACUUGCUUUUCAAAUAGAGUUGUACCUAAUUGCGGAUGUCCUGUUAAUAAUUACGAUAACUCUGAUUACUUAUAAGCUUGUUUUCCAUGUUCUAAUAUAUCUGUUGGAUGUUCUACAUGUGAUAAUGUUACGUGCUAAGCAUGUUUACCGUCAUAUUUUUUAGAUGGAAAUUCAUGUGUAAUAGACUGUCCUGCAGGUAAAUGGGGAAACACAGCAACCAGAUAAUGUAAAGCUUGCUAAGCUAAAUGUGUAACUUGUUCUAAUGACAAUACUUGUGACACUUGCUUUUAGAAUAGAGUUCCUUAAUAAUGUAAUUGUCCUUAAUAUUCUUAUGAUACUAACGUUUUCAGUUAAACCUGUACUAUGUGUUCUACUUUUUCAACUGGAUGUGCUACAUGCAGUACAACUGAAUGUCUUACAUACACUCACAGUUUAACUUGA